ACAGAGACAAUCAUCUCUUUUCGCUUUUUUCAUGUCUAUUUUCCUUACACGGAGGUCCUACGGAUGUCAACCUUUAGAUGUGCAGAAGACGUCGAAAAAAAGACGUCGCCUGGCGUUACAAAACAACCCCUUUUUUGGACCGGAUUCGGACGUCCAAAAAUUACAUGAAAAAGACGUCAUUCCAACGUCACUUUGCGCAGUGGGAUAAUAGCAGGAAUCACAAAAUAUUCUCAGCAUAUUGGACUACACUGACCCUGGUUCUCCUGGCCAUGUCGGUUAUGCUUUCCAAAUCCUCAACGGGUGGAGGAAAGACCUUUAACUAUGACCUCUCCAAAAAGUCAGAUUUGACCAAGCUGUUCAACUCCAAAGUCUUUAAGGCAGAGAGAAUGACCAGACCUCUCAGGGGGUUGUCCUUUCAGUUAAGCAAACUCAGCCACUCUGGAGUCAGAGUUACUCUUGAAGAUGGCACUACUUGGCUGGUCCAUAAAGGAGAUGGUUAUGGGAUCUCAUCCCAAACUGUUGUUGUGGAUGCCCGUCACAUGAGCAAUAAAUGGAAGAUUGUUGAGACAAAGAAUUUCGGUGGCAGCAAGACUGUUUCUGAUUUUGUGAAAGCUGGAGGAACAGAUUACACACUUCUCUUCGAUAAUUGCCAUGAUGCAUCUGGCCGGAUGAUGCAAGACUGAAUUCAAAUCUGUACACCAUUUGCUUCAUGUUGUAAAGAGAGAGUAUCCCUCCAAAACAUAGUUGUAACAUGAUUUGCAAUUAUAUUUCUCAGAUAUUUUUUCUUAUUGAUGUAUUAUAUAUUUUUCUAAAUGUGUUAUUUCGUAUCUUUACAAUAUUUUGAAAUAAACAUAAAUCAUAAGUUUUGUAAGUAAAACUGCAUGGUGACCAAGUAAGGGAUAAUGUAGAGGCAGCCGGUAGUUAUUGGGAAAUAAGCCCCGACAGUGUGAUCAGGACCCGACGCAAAGCUACAUCCCGCU